AUGUUAGAUUUGUCAUGUGCAAUUUUUUUUUCAGGACCUGUUUUAGACAAUGGGGAAAUAAAUUUCCACUGUACCUGUGCAGGGACUAUGUUCUCUGGACCGUGUAAUAUAGAAAUUAGAGAAUUUUUAACUUGUUCAAAUAAAGAUAAAAGUCCAGAAAAAUGUAUGGAACAAUUUGAAGCCAUGUUUAAUUGUGAAUUAGACUAUCCUGAAAUUUAUGAUAUAAAAGAUAAGUUAGAGGGUGUUGAUGAUAAAGCAAGCAAGACUGUGAAGGAAUUGGAUCCAGAAACAAAGGAAUCUUAA